AAUGGGUCAUAAAAUUACAGCCAGCUGCAAAUUGCUCAAAUUGAUGAAAAGGAUUCCGUGAAGAACCCUACUGAAGGAGAAAUAUCAGCUAUGUUCCUGGGUAGAUGCUUGGUGCAUGAAAAGACCAGGACAGACUCUGAAGAGUGAUGCAAAUGGUCAAAAUGACAGUUGGCCAAUUUCCUUUGUUUUUAGGUUUGCUGCUUUACAUUUCAAGAUGUAUUUUGGUAAUUGCCAGGUACCCAUGCACAUCCUACAACUUCCUGAAUGAUUCAUGGCGUAACACUGGGUAUGACUACAGAAACUCGGGUGGCAUCUCUAUGUGUGACUACUACAUGAAUGGGAAAUGGUACCGUUUCAGUGGAGCUGCAGGUGACGUCAUGCCCACAGAUUGUGUUCCAGAAUAUCAUUGUGGUGCUGCUGUUCCCAUAUGGAUGAAUGGCACUCACCCAAAAGAAAGUGAUGGCAUCACAGAGGUGGAAGUGUGUGGUCACUGGGAUGGUAAAUGUUGCAAUCAGAGGAGCUCAGUGAAUGUAACCUUAUGUCCAGGUGGAUACUACUUGUACCAGCUACAUAGCCCCUUUGUUUUCCAUUUCGCUUUCUGCACCCGCCACAACACUUGUACUCCUUCAGUUUGUGGUCCAAAUGCACAGUGUGAUGAUGAUACUGGAAGCUGCAUUUGUGACCCUGGAUUCAAAAGCCCUGGCACAUACCCUCCAGGAAGCAAUGGGAUCUUCUGUGUAGAUAUUAACGAGUGUGACAGUACUCCUUCAAUAUGUGGGCAAAACGCAAAAUGUAACAACACUGCUGGAAGUUACAACUGCAGCUGUAAUAUUGGAUACACCCCACCUCCUGGAAUCACAUUCACAAACAAUUCAUACCCGUGCCAAGAUAUCGACGAGUGCUCACAGCCCCCUCAAAUUUGUGGUCCAAAAGCACAGUGUAACAACACAGCUGGGAGUUACAAUUGCACCUGUGACUCUGGAUACAGAGCUCCUCCUGAAGUGAUAUUGACAAACAUCUCAUUUCCUUGUCAAGAUAUUGAUGAAUGUGUUCAAAACUCUUUGAUCUGUGGUUUAAACACAGUGUGCAACAACACAGAAGGAAGCUAUGAUUGCUCUUGUGAAGAUGAAUACAUUCCCAGUACUGGAUUGAAAUGGACAUAUGGAAACACAACAUGCCAGUCUGAUAAAGAUGCAAUUAACGCAACUGAUUGUCCAUUGGAUCAGCUGAAGGAGAUAUGUUUUCUCAACAAAGUAAGAAGUGAAAUCGAUGAAACUACAGUUUCAAAUGAAGGGAUUGUGAAAAAUUACUUGAAUGCUGUUAUGAGCACCAUUAAAAGGUUGUCAGAUGAAAAAGACGCAAAUGCUAGCAAUGCUGUUUUACAAACCACAGAAAAACUGGUGUCCACCUUGGUUCCAUCAACAAAUAAAACUGCUGUGAAUGAAACAAUACUAUUGAACAGUCUAGAGGCUCGUUUGAUUGGUGGUUCAGAAAAGACAAACAUUCUUCUCCUGAAGAGUAAAGCAAAUGAAAUGAAAAUCAAUUUGACAUCAAUUGCUAAGAAUAAUGAGGGUUCAGCAGCAGUGGCUUUUAUGUCAUACACUGAAAUGGAAGAACUUCUAAGUGUUGAAUUCUUUGAGAAUGGAAAUCAGACAGAGAUGAUUUCAGAUGUUAUAACUGCAACAUUACCCAAAACAAAGACAACCAACCUCUCAGAGCCUGUUAACUUUACUUUAAAGCACACAAAGUCCCAUUUAGAAAAUGGACUUUUGACCUGUGUCUAUUGGAAGGAGACGGUCUGGUCUGUGAAAGGCUGCACAGCAACAUAUUCAAAUGAAACCCACACAGUGUGCAGCUGUACUCACCUCUCCACCUUUGCUCUGAUAAUGCAGAUAGAUAAGGAACAUGAGGUUGAUGACCUUCUAGCAUUCAUAAAUAAAAUAGCAGUUUCAAUUAACCUAGUCUGCCUGGCCCUGGCCAUUCUAACUUUCUCCUUCUGUACUUGGAAUCCAAAGAUAAACAACACAGCGUGCCUCAACCUCAGCAUCUGUCUUUUCCUUGCUCACUUCAUCUUUAUGCUUGGAUCAUCACAUACAGAAAAUAAGAUGCUGUGUUCAGCCAUAGCUGUAAUCCUGCACUACCUCUUCCUUGGAAGUUUUAUGUGGAUGUACUUGGAAGCAAUUCAGAUUUUCCUCCUGGUGAAGAGCCUGAAGAAAGUGAAGGUCAUCCAGAGACAGGGACUGCACUAUGGUUACCUUCUGCUGAUUGGGUACAGCACUCCUGCUAUCAUUGUGGGUGUGUCAGUUGGAGUUUUUCCAAAUGGCUAUGGAAAUGAAAAAAAAUGCUGGCUGAAGAAUGACAAUGGCUUCAGGUGGAGUUUCCUGGGGCCCGUGUGCUAUAUUCUUGCAACAGGUGUCCUUCUCUUUGUUUCAACUGUAUGGAAUCUCCUAACUGUUCUGGCUCACAUGAAAAGUAAAAUCUCCAAAAUAAGAGACACCAGAUUAAUAGUCUUCAAGACACUUGCCCAAUUUGUCAUCCUGGGUUGCAGCUGGAUCCUAGCUUUUGUCCCAGAAUCUCCAAUGUUCUUUUAUAUGUUUAUCUUUCUCAAUUCACAGCAGGGGACCUUUAUCUUUCUUGUUCAUUGCCUGCUCAACAAAGAGGUGAGAAAACAAUACAAGAAAUGGUUCCAGUACCUCUGGGGAAAAAAUAAAGCAUUAACUUGGAAUCUUCAGUUACUACACUGCAAACCUGCUCGUAAAAUGUCAGAUCCUGUAAGGAGCACUGAGACCCACAGCAGUGAAUAAGAUGAAGCCAAAGAAGUGUGCAAAAUGACUGGAACAGUCUUCUUAAAAUGAAUGAUACGAUUGAAAAUAUGUAUUUAAAUUCAGACCUGCACUAUCCAUCAGUAAUGAAAGUUGUUCACAGAUGUAAUUUGUUGCUUUGUUAAACUAUUUACUUUUAAUUCUUUCAAAUUAUAAGAUAAUGAGUUUAGUCUUAAGACAAAAGUUUAGUGUCUUGACUUUUUUCCACAUGCUUUAAUAUCCUCUGUCUUAAAUCCCUCAGUUCUCUCUAGCUGUUUCCUUUCUGGACUCAACAAGAUCGUGCACCCACCUUAUUUACAAAAUCAACUCCCUUGGUCCCUCCCACACAGAACUGCCAUCUGGUUUACUUGAACCCUUUUAUCUCUGAAUCCCUUGGACAACCUUUUCCCAAACAGCUCUUUACCUUUCUCACAGAAUAUUCCAUGAUUGGCCCUCUCUGAGCUUUGCACAGUAUAAAUUCUGCACAGUUUUUAGUCCAGUCCCUAAUUUUGUUUAGAACAGACUACUGCAAUUAUCGCUAGACAGACAGAUGGUGUUCUUCAUCUUUCUGCUUUCCUUAAGCAUCCAAAACUGCUUCUGAUGUUUUAUGUUGCAUUGCUUCUCUUUCAUUACUUCAUUUACUUUGUAUAGCAGUUGCUCGUCUCGUCCUAUAAACGUUUUCAACAUACCCACUCCUUUUUACCGAUUACAAUCACCAUACUCUUCAUCAUCAACAACUUCACCAUUCUUGACCUUUUUGUUUUAAUAAAAAA